UGACAGUGACUAAAAAUGCAGUUUUACAAGGAAAGGAUUCUUAACGCUGCCCAGUUAAAAAGACUAAGUGAACACAAAUAUUCCUGUACAAGUGCUAGUGUAUUAGACGCUUGGCUCCAGCCCUGGUGGUGCUGGCUGGUCUCGAAGACGCCGUUAUGGCUCGCGCCGAAUCUCAUUACAAUAUUAGGUUUAAUAGUCAAUAUAGUCACCACACUAAUUCUGGUUUGGUAUAGUCCAGACGCGAGGCAGGAGCCACCGCGGUGGGCGUGCGCCCUCUGUGCGCUUGGAGUCUUCAUAUAUCAGAGCCUGGACGCCAUAGAUGGCAAACAGGCGCGGCGCACUGGCAGCCAGUCGCCGUUGGGCGAGCUAUUCGACCACGGCUGUGACAGCAUAUCGACUGUCUUCAUAGCCCUCGGUGCUUGUAUAGCGGUGAAACUUGGGGAAUACCCUACUUGGAUGUUCUUUCAGUGUUUCUGCGCUAUGACAUUGUUCUAUUGCGCUCACUGGCAAGCGUACGUUACGGGUACCCUCAAAAUGGGCCGUAUUGACGUCACAGAAGCACAGUUUGCCAUAAUUGGUAUACACUUAGUAUCAGCGACACUAGGGCCCAAUGCCUGGACCACCAAGUUCCCGCCUUUUGACAUCGGCCUAAAUCUGAUGUCGAACUACGCAGUUGUACUGAUGACCGCAACUCUAGUGUUCGGCUACGUUAAAGUCAUUAUGAAGGGUGGAGUGGGGAAAAAUGGCUCCACGGUCGCAGGCACGAGCAUUUUAUCGCCGGUGAUUCCAUUUUCGUUGGUGGUCGUUCCGGCGUUCAUCAUUUUCCAGAAGAGCGAAUCUCACGUGUACGAGAAUCAUCCGGCGUUAUACAUACUCGCCUUCGGAAUGGUCGCCGCCAAAGUCACCAAUAGACUUGUCGUGGCUCACAUGACGAAAAGCGAGAUGGAAUACUACGACUGGUCGCUACUGGGACCGACCAUGCUGUUCUUGAAUCAGUACUUUAACAACGCGAUACCGGAGUAUUAUGUGCUCUGGUUGUGUGCAAUAUGGGUGUGCGCGAAUCUGAUGAGGUACUGCGGUCAGAUAUGUCUCGAGAUAUGCGAUCACCUCAAGAUCAAUCUGUUUCGAAUCCCCUACCCUCCGCAGGCGCCCGUCUCGCCCAAACACAACGCUAACGGUACGAACCGACGCGCUUCUAAGACUAAACGAUUUAAUUAGACAAUAUAUGCCAAGGAGUAAACUUGCUCAAA